GAUGUGGGAGCCCACACACCCCUUAGAUACGCCCACUGAUAGAUUGAACUUCCAUACUUUGAUGAUAUAUUUUCCUUUACAGUACCUAUUCUUUCAUAUUCUCAGUUUGCAGUGGAUAUGGUGAUAACAACAUUGGUUCAGUGUCAUCGACUGGACACGGAUUGAUUCCUCAAGAAGCAGCUGAGAAAGCACUGUCUAUCAUGACCCAGAGGGUUCAUGGGUCAGGGGUGUAAUAGUGGUCAGCAACACUGGUGAAAUACGAAUUGCGUUUGCAACUGAGCGUAUGUCCUGGGCUUCAAUGCAGAAUGAUCAGGUGUUAUGGACUGGAUCCUCGUGAAAAGAAGGUGGCUACAAGCAAUGUAUUCUAGGUGAAGAAACUCACCAAAGCUGGAUUUAGCGGCAAUAUUUUCAGAAUAAAAAGGCUAUAAAGAUAUGAAUUUGCGUCAGUUGAGUUUUGGAGUUCCUGCUUCAGCGUAUCAAACAAUGGCAGCAGAGUCAAGGCUCUGCAGGAGAAAAAUAAGAAAGAGCUAGAAAGAAGUAGUAUGGACAAACAUGGAGAACCCAAAGAAGUAUAUUGCACACCAACUUCAGAGGAUCGUAGAAAAACCAAAGUUUUGCAAUGUUGCUUAGGAACAAGAGAGCCACAAAAAUAUUAUGUGAGGGUUGCACAUACAGCUGAGUGAUCAGACCCAAGUUCAAAUCGUGAUGUCCUAGUAGGUCUUGAACCAAGGUGGGUGUACACCGCAAGAGGCAAGAACAAUACCGCUCAGUGGCAGUUCCCGAUAGUUUACGAGAUGCAGUUAACUGUGGGAUUCAAAGAGCAGUACGAAAAGGUUAUGAAGUUCUGGAAAAAGAUUCUGCACUAGAUGCCAUAGAAGAAGCUGUUCGCGCCUUGGAGGAUGAUCCAUGUUUUAAUGCAGGAACUGGUUCUGUUUUGACUGUUAAUGGUGAUAUAGAAAUGGAUGCCCUGAUAAUGGACGGCAGAGGUCUGCAGACAGGGGCAGUAACAUGUGUACAGAACAUUAAAAAUCCUGUUUCUUUAGCUCGACUGGUUAUGGAAAAGACUGAUCAUACUCUGCUUGCUGGAAAGGGUGCUAAUCGGUUUGCUGAAGAGCAAGGUGUUCAGCAAGUGAGCAAGGAACAGCUUAUUUGCAAGACGGCAAUUGAGAAAUUGGAAAAAUAUAAGAAGUAUAGCCUUGCAGUCAGUGAUCUUUUCAGAGAAGGCAAAGGUCAUGACACUGUUGGGGCUGUAGCAGUGGAUUCCUUGGGCAAUGUCGCUUCGGCCACGUCCACAGGUGGAAUCACUGGAAAAGAAGCUGGAAGAGUCGGUGAUUGUCCAUUAGUAGGUUGUGGUGGGUAUUGUGAUAACAACAUUGGCGCAGUGUCAUCAACUGGACACGGCGAGUCCAUCAGCAGGGUGGUCCUAGCUAAAACUAUCAUUAUGUACAUGCAACAAGGAUUGAGCCCUCAAGACUCAGCUGAGAAAGCACUGUCUGUCAUGACCCAGAGGGUUCAAGGGUCAGGAGGUGUAAUAGUGGUCAGCAACACCGGUGACAUAGGAAUUUCGUUUACAACUGAGCGAAUGUCCUGGGCAUCAAUGCAAAAUGAUCAGUUGUGUUACGGACUGGAUCCUGGUGAAAAUAAUAUUGCUACAAUAAGCAAUAUAUGAAACUUGUUAUGCUGUUCGAAUGUUCAAAUAUUGAAAUGCUCCUAUAAAUUUAAUGCCAUUAUUUUUUAAAAGAUUGUUCAAUUUUAAAGUAGAUACAAGUAUAUUUUAGUCAUUUCAAUACAAUUAAAAGCAAAUAUGUCAAUUGUCUUAAAACAAAAUUGCAACUCUUUUAAAGUUGACAUUUAGAAAUACUCACCAAAUUCUUGUAUGUAACUAUAUAAAUGUCAUUUAGUGAAUUUUAUGUAAAUAUACCAUAUAUUCUCGCGUAUAAGGAGAACUGCAUUAAGGACGAUUCCAGAGUUUGAAAAGAUUUUUUUUAUGGCGGGCGUAUAAACGACCCCCUGUUUCACCGUCUAAAUUCCUACUUUUUGCUGCUCUUUAUGGUCUUUUGCGUCUAGCUGGCAAAGACAGAGAGCCAAUUAAUACCAUUUUUAUGGCCAUCAAAUUUUACCGCAUCUGAAUUGUGUUCAUUCAUACUAACAGCUUUAGUAGCUCAUCUUAAAUUUUUAAUUUUUAAUUUGCAUGUUAUGGAAAAUCCAAAUAAAAAAAAUGUGUAUGUAUUGCGCAAUGUAAGACAUCCCAUCUUUCGAUCGUAAUUUGCUUUUUUAAGUUUCGUCGUACAAGAAUACAGAGUAAUUAAACUUCAUACCUAUUUCAAUCAGUGAAUCAAUGAAUUAAAGAUUUUUUUCAAAUCAAUUAUUGCGUUGUAGGUAAAUGAAACACUAAAAUGAUUUGUUAAUUACUUUUUUAAUGUACAAAAUAUAGCCUAGAAUUUUCAUCAUCAAUAUUUGUAUGUAGCAGUUUCCCCAUGUUGUGUACUUAUAAUAAAGAUCAUUUUAUUUAAAAAAUAUAUAUAU